CUCCCUCUCUCUUUCUCUCUCUCUCUUGGUCCCUCCGUGCAACAGGAUGCUGGCAGUUCUUUUAUGGCUGAGCAGCUGAGUUCUGUUUCCUGAUUACUUUUUUUUUACUUUUAAGGGAGAGGGAGAAGUGAAAUGACUGUGUAUGUGAGAGAGGAAUAGAGGGGGUGGGAGAGAGAGGGGGUGAGAGGUUGAGGCAGAGGAAUGCUGUGAUGUCAUGGACUAUGUCAUACACAAAGGCAUGAGGAUAUACAUCCACACUUCCACUCCAGAGCUGGCUGUAGACUUACUCUGUGGACCAUCCCCAGUCCGCUCUGAUGGAGGUUCUACGAUAAGCAGCAUGAUCGUCAGAUCCACGGGGGGACAGAGAAGGGACUCCUCAUCCUAAGCCGGGUCUCCGUGGGACACUUCUGCUGCUUUUUGUUGAUCUUCCAACCCCAGGUCCACAGCUCCUCUCUGAAGCAGGACCCCUACCCCCUCCACCCGGCCUUCACCAUGCUGCAGCAGAUCUUGCAGGACAUGCACAUCGACCCGGAGAUCCUGGAGGCCCUGAAUGAUGACCAGAAGAAGAUCCUCUUCUUCAAGAUGCGUGAGGAACAGGUGCGUCGUUGGAAGGAGAGGGAGGAGAAGCUGGAGAGGGAAGCCAAGGUGGCCCUGAUGUCCAGGCCAAAGAAAGUCCACAGUAAGAGUGUAAGCUGGCUGCUCGGACGGGACGGAGACGUCCACAUUGUCAUUAUCGGAGAGAUGGACGAGCUGAAGACCUCCAAGGUCAUCUACUCUGGUCUCGGCGAGCGGGAUCCAUCCAGUCUCCACGACAACGCGCGGCCACCGGGAGCCCUGAAGAGCAGCCUGGUGAGAAGGGCACCUUCAGAACCGGUCAGAACCGGGAGGGAGAACCUCCCCCCUAGAGAUCAAAGCGGAGUAGAGAUAAGCUUCAAGGAGAAGAUGGAGGAUUCGAAGGCACGCCCACACGUACCCUCUCAGCAGACGCAGGUCUCGGAGAAGAGUCAGCAGUCUUCCUCACCGCAGGAGACCGAGAAGGAGCCUGGCUCGGGCAGUCCCGCGGACAGCUCUAAGGGAUCGGGGCCUUCCACUUGGGUGCACUUGAAGCUGAGAGGCGCUGCGUCUGUCCCAGGGAAACCCCACGCCCCAGAUCCUCAGGAGAAACAUGUUGUUCCAUUUUGCGCCAAAGCCAGACUUUGCCCUCGGGAUCCUCUGGAUCAGCACCAUGUCAAAGGUAGAGAUUUCCGGCUGGUGGCUGCUGCCUCAGGGCUGGGGGGCCACAGCGAGGGGGCGGGCGUGGCCCGGGGUCGGGUAGCACAGCUCAUGAAGAACUUCGGCGAGCCCCGCUCCCGUCAGGCCCCCCCCACCCCCAAGCCCCCCCACCUGCACCUUGCCUCCCCCUCGCUCAGGUGACCUGCGGAGAGAUGCACCUGGGGAGGCUGACCCCCACCCCCCACCCCUGCCCAUUAAUCCGUGUGACUGCAAACCAUAACAACGCACGGAAAGCGGGGAACAAAGCUUGUCAUUUAGUAACUUAUUACGAGACGAUAUCACAGCUUUCACUUCCAGGCCCCUGUUUAUUAUUUUUUACCCUUUUCCUGGUUUGCUAUGUCUGUAAAUAUUCUUGCAGGGCACAAAACAAGAAUGUUUUUUUUUUUAUUCUCUCUUCCCUUGACUUUUCUUUGGCCUGGUUAUCUCAGCUCCCACAUGACAUUAUAUCACUGCUCCGCGUCUGCGUGUGAGACGCUUUCAUUUGAGCGUCAGGGUGUCUCCGGUUACAGCAGAGCACGCUCAGGCGCUGUGGCGUGGCGUCAGUCAUCCGUCGGGGCCGACCCGCCUGAACCUGCGCGCCGGAGGAUCAAUGGCGUCACUUUACUCUUUCUGCCGGAACCGCCGUCGCCGAGGAGACUGAAGCUGAACAGCCACAGCGGCACCAAGCUGAAGCCGGGUUCCUGACGUCACGGCACUCAGGCACCUCGCCUCACACCGGGAACUGACACGCGCUGCUCUCUGAGGGGCGGAAAUUCAGCCCUCCUCCGUCGCCGCCCCCCCAGGUGUCGAAGGCAAAGGAAGACAGCCAUAUUGAGUCUGGGCUCUCGGUGAUACUGUCGCACGGGGCUGAAGGGGAGCCUCUUUCAUCCCAAAGAGGGGAUACCUGGUCAAAUAGGUUAUCUGACUUUCCCGUCCACAAAAAGUGUUUCCGCAGGUUAAAUGGUGUUGUGUGUUCGGCAGGGCGACACAAAGGGCUGGUCAGUACUCACAAGGGGGCAAUGGGGACCAAUAAAGCACCUAAACAAUAAACAAGCCUCUUAGUCAAACCAUUAACCUUCAGUUCCUCCAGCGUCCCCGUUCUGGUCAGGUGACCCAGUGCAGCGAUUCCUCUCCCCGCUACCUGCGACCACGGGCUACAUGGAGCCUGUCCUGUGGGUCUCGGUGCUGGCCGGCUGGAAGGUUAAUGUCGCAUGCUGUUUACUCCGGGGUGACUUGUAAUUCCUGCUUUCUUUGUGUCAUUAUAUGUGUUUCGCUGUUGUUUUCUUUUAAGCACGUUAUUUUCUUACGGAAAGAGAUGAGCGAGGCAGGCCACCCAUGCGCCAUCCUUCCAAG